CAAUCCCGGGUCAUCAUCGGCCCCACCUCCCCCAAGAUCCGUUUCUUUCUUCAUUUUGAUGGGUUUUGGGGGGUCGCUAUGGGCUGCGUCAGCUCCAAGCAGGCUCGCUCCGACGUCUUCCCCGCUCGCGAUUCCUCCCCUCACCGCAAGCUCGGACUGUCGUCCCGCGAAAUCCGGGUCGACCCGCCAGAGACCGACAAAUGGGAGGAACCCAAAUCUCCUCCCCCUCCUGGGAAUUCGACGGCGUUGAGGACGGAGCCUCCUCCCGACAACCUACCUGAUUUUGGGAUUUGCGCAGGAAGGUUGACGGAAUGCGAACAGAUUGCCGCCGGUUGGCCGACCUGGCUCACUUCCGUUGCCGGAGAGGCCAUCGACGGCUGGCUUCCUCUCAGAGCUGACAUGUUCCAGAGAUUAGAUAAGAUUGGACAAGGUACAUAUAGCACCGUGUACCGAGCACGAGACCAAGAAAGUGGCAAAAUGGUCGCUUUAAAAAAGGUCAGGUUCGACAAUUUCCAGGCGGAGAGUGUUAGGUUUAUGGCCAGGGAAAUCACAAUCCUUCGCAGGCUCGAUCACCCGAACAUCAUGAAGCUUGAGGGUAUAAUAACUUCCAAGCUCUCCUGCAGCAUAUACCUGGUUUUCGAAUACAUGGAACAUGACCUCGCUGGGUUGCUGUCAUGUCCUGAAAUCCGAUUCACCGAGUCACAGAUCAAAUGCUUCAUGAAGCAGCUAAUGUCUGGGCUGGAGCAUUGCCAUUCAACUGGGGUCAUACAUAGGGACAUCAAAGUCUCCAACAUCUUGGUAAACAAUGAAGGGGUUCUGAAGAUUGCUGACUUUGGGCUUGCAAACUUUGUGAGUGCAAAGAACGUGCAGCCGCUGACCAGUCGCGUGGUGACUCUCUGGUAUCGACCCCCUGAACUGCUGCUGGGCUCCACAAAUUAUGGGGUGACCGUUGAUUUAUGGAGCGCGGGUUGUGUUUUUGCUGAGCUCUUUUGUGGAAGGCCUUUCCUUAAAGGGAGAACCGAGGUGGAACAACUGCACAAAAUCUUUAAGCUUUGUGGGUCUCCGCCAGAGGAUUACUGGAAAAGAUCUAAACUUCCACUUGCAACUGUGUUCAAACCCCAAUAUCCUUAUGAGAGUACACUCCGAGAACGGUGCAGAGAAUUCCCAGAAGCCGCCGUGGACCUCAUAGAAACACUUCUUUCAAUUGAGCCUUAUAAGCGUGGGACCGCUUCAUCCACACUUGCUUCUGAGUAUUUCAAUUCUGUGCCAUAUGCUUGUGAUCCAUGGAGCUUGCAAAAGUACCCACCAAACAAAGAGAUUGAUGCAAAAGUUCGGGAAGAAGAACGAAGAAGGAAUGCAAUUUCUGCGGCAAGAGGAUUGGGAGCUUCCAAAAAUCCAAGAAAAGUUCGAAAUAAUUUACGAGAGUCUAUCAGCUUCAGUAGAGCUCUUCCAAUGCACGAGAUGGAGGCGAACAUUCCAUAUAACCGCAGAGACAACAUUGGUGGUGGCAACCGUGGUGCUACUAAAGGAGCCACAGUGUCACGGGUGUCAUUAAAACAAUCAUACGAUACAACGUCCGAGGUUUCUCAGACGGCGACAGAUUUGUCUCAGGCUGAAACUGCUUGCUCUGCCCCUCUUGAAAUGUCUGCCAGUUUUACAAAGGCAAAGAACCAAAAACAGGACUUUCCAGUUUCAAGAACCCACACUAACACUAGUCAUGUCAACAAUAAUCCAAAAGGUCUAAAAUGUAAUGUCAUAGUAACCCCCCCUUCAGAUCGGUUCCAUGCUGAAGCUACAAGAAGCCCUGAUAUGGCUGAAAAGUGUGCCCUUCGCAAGCACCGAUUGAAAUCAGGAAGGCAACAGUCGUUUGACUCGUCUGAUAUAUAUCACUCCAGAAAGCCAUCACUGGAGAAUGAUGAUCAACAAGGAAGUACUGUAUUUUCAGGACCAUUGUUCCAACAUCCAAACAGAUAUGAUACUAGGCAGGAUAUCAGAACUCGUCAAGCUGUUCGUAGAUCACGUUUCUAUAGAGAUUCAUAACUUGGAAUGAACUAAGGAAGAUUUGUAUGUAUCCAACUCAGCAUUCUUCGCGGGUUUUUUUUGUGUACUUCUCCUUGGGAUUGCACCUGUGCUUUAACCAUAGAUGCAGAUCAAAUGCUGCAAUUGCCACAGUAUUUUGCCUCCAAAAGAUGAAAUCGAAUGAAAAAACUCAAUGUGUUGAACGCAUCCAUGUAUAUAUUGUUUUGAAAAUGCAUUGAUAUUGUCCUGUGUAAAGUACAGAGCAGUUUGUUAUAAAA